AGGAAGACUGUGGAGUCAGCCGGAUAGUGAAGGAGAGAGAGACUGUGCCUGAGGAUGAGCGGGCUCUCAGGAUGAUGGACACCCCACUCUCGGAAGAACACUUAGACUCACAAAACAAACAACUGGAAAACCAGGAAGAGGAGAUGGGAUUUCAGGAACUGGAUGGUCUGAAGGAAGCCUUGGCAAACCUCCGGGGACUGUCAAAGGAGGAAAAGAGUGAGAAGGCGAUGCUUCGCUCCCGUAUCCACGAGCAGUCCCAGCUAAUCUGCAUCCUGAAGCGAAGGUCAGACGAGGCCCUGGAGCGCUGUCAGGUCCUGGAGCUGCUCAACACAGAGCUGGAGGAGAAGAGGCUGCUGGAGGCCGAGAAGCUGAAGGCUAAGAGCGAGCUUGCCCAGAAGCUGGAGGAACGCUUUAUGACCCUGGCAGCCAACCAUGAGUUGAUGAUCCGCUUCAAGGAUGAACACAAGAGUCAGAAUAUCAAGCUGAGAGAAGAGAAUGAGAAGCUGAGGCUGGAGAACAGCAACCUCUUCAGCCAGGCUCUGAAGGACCAUGAGGCUAAAGUCCUGCAGCUCACCGCCCGGAGCGAGGCCCUGGCCGAAGAGCUGCAGACUCUGAAACAAAGGUGUGCCCAGGACGCCGACCGGGCACAGGCCCGAGAGAAGGAGCUGCUGGAGCUGCAGAGCCAGCAGGCAAGCGCCCACGCCAAGGAGACGGAGCAGCUGCGCAGUCAGCUGCAGAGCCUCAAGCAGCAGCACCAGCAGGCCAUGGCGCAGAUGGCGAAGGCCGAGCAGGCCCACAGCAGCCUGAGCCAGGAGCUGCAGACCAGGCUGCAGAUGGUCACUCGGGAGAAAGAGGAGCUGCUGCAGCUGUCCAUGGAGAGGGGCAAGGUGCUUCAGAGCAAGCAAGCAGACAUCCGCCAGCUUGAGGAGAAGUUGGAGACAGCAAAUGUGGCCAGAAGACAAGCGCUAGAGCGGUUUGAGCAAGAGGCAGUGGCUGUGGACAGUAACCUGAGAGUUCGGGAACUUCAGCGUAGGGUCGAUGGGAUCCAGAAGGCCUACGACGAGCUCAGGCUGCAGUCAGAAGCUUUCAAAAAGCACAGCCUGGAUCUUUUAAGCAAGGAGAGAGAACUCAAUGCCAAACUCCGCCAUCUCUUCCCAUAA